AAGAGAUAAUUUCCAACAAAACAUUACCAUUUCGUCGUCGUCGGUAUUGUGUUUGUAAUACCUCAAAACGAUUCCAUCUGCGUCAAAUUAAAUCGCAGCUGAAUUUUAUUUUACCUGUUUUGCGGUAUAUAGUAGCUGUUACGCUACUUCUACAGUUUAGUGCCAGAUCUUGUUCGCUACGUUAUCUAAGUGACAGUUGCGUAGGAAAAUAAACGUUACGCCAAUUAAGCUUAUCUCGUGAAAAAAUUCUUAAGCGUUGGCUUCAGUUUUGUAGCAGUCUUUUUUUUGCAGUCUUUUUUUUUUUACAGCAAAGGAAACGUAACUCAAGUAUAAAAAAAUGGGUGGAGCAGUAAGCUCAGGAGAAAAUAAUGAUGCCCUUGUGGAUAAUCUCAUCCGUGCUGACUACAUGAAGUGUCCCGAGGUUGAACGUGUUUUCAGGGUAGUUGACAGAGCAUUCUACUACACAGAUGAAGACAAACAAACAGCAUAUAAAGAUUUAGCUUGGAAAAACAAAAAUUUGCAUUUGUCAGCACCAUGUAUAUAUUCUCAAGUUAUGGAAAGUCUGGAACUCAAAGAAGGAAUGAGUUUUCUCAACUUGGGCAGUGGGACAGGAUAUCUUAGCACGAUGGUUGGGUUGAUUAUAGGUUCAAGAGGUGUCAAUCAUGGGCUGGAAAUACACCAGGAAGUUAUUGACUACGCUCAUGAAAAGCUGCAAGCGUUCAUCAAGGGAAAUUCUGCGAUAGACGAGUAUGAUUUCUGUAUUCCCCAGUUCGAACAAGGCAACUGCUUGUCGUUGGCUGCAACUGAUCGGCGAUAUGAUCGUAUCUAUUGUGGUGCGGCUUGCCCUGAAGUAUAUAAUAAUUACAUCAAGCAGCUUGUCGAUAUUGGAGGAAUACUAGUCAUGCCCGUGAACGAUGAACUACUACAAAUCCGUCGAACCGAUGAAAAUUCGUGGUCAGUUAACCGCGUGCUACCAGUUUCUUUCUCUUCUCUAAUACUCCCACAACAAGAAUUCGUCGAAGACACCGUCCUACCCCCCAUAAAUCCAUAUAGCCUUCAGAACCUUUGUCGAAUUCGCAUACGUUCAGUACUUCGGCAAAAAGUAAGCGCAGAGCAUCCUGAUUUGUGGCAUCGUAGCCGAAAGCAACCAAAGGAAACGAAGAGGCCCGUUAUGCGUCGUUGCGUUGUACCUUUGUUUGCAAAUACUGACAGCGAUAGUGAUUCCCAGGAUGAAAUUGAACCGGCGGAAGCCGCAGAAAUGUCGUCGAAUGAUUCUUCUGAACAUCAUUCUAUACCCCCUAAUAAUGAAGAAACAUCAAUGGAUCGACGGGCUGGAGUGCGAUCAGCUGAGUCGUUAAGCGAUUCCGAAGAUGUGGGCGCUAAAACGAAGCGGGAAAAAUUUGAUAGCGGUGUUAGCGAUCUCCUAGAGUCUGGUAGUGACGGAAGUUCCUCUUCUUGUAAUCAGUCCCCAGCCGGGGAAUCAUCUGCCAGACCGUCGUCAGUUUCUGAGCGCAACUCCUCAAUCAGCGGUGGUGCAAUGGCGGCUUCUACGGAGAGCGAAAACGUAACUACGAUGCCUGAAGAAGCAGGAAGACAAGUUAGAACUCGAGGUCCUCGACCAGGAAUCCGACUUAUUACGCAUUCUCUCCGUGCAGAAGAGAGAGAACGAGCUGCCUUGCUCAUAUUUGAAAGCCAUAUGGAUGCCGAGGAAACUUCCGGUUCAGAUGGAGAUGAAGGAGCAGUUAGCGACACAAACGAGUCACCCGAUUGCAGUCGUGUAACUCCACCGGAAGACUAUUCCUAUUACAUGAAGCGUAGUUUGAUGGAAAUUCCACUUCCUUUCAAGCUAAAAUCGUUUUUGAACUACGAUCGUGCUUUUUGAUCAAAAUUGGAGGCAAAAAAGCCAAGAUUCUCUAUCAAUAUGUAUUUUCAUCAAUUAUUUCUUUUUUUAUUACCUUUGAAUUAUCACUUUUUAGCCUUGUAUAACCCGUAUUGUAAUGAUAAAGGCAAAAAAAAUGAUUACAGCAAAAAGUUAUUCUAGUUACGUCAUAACGAUUGGUCAAAUCGUAAAUUGGAACGUGUGUUUCGGAAGUUGAUAUACACGUAUUCGAACAGUAUCUGUUAAACUAAAUUGUUCAAAUGUCAAAUUGUUGAUUCAAAUAUAUGGGUAGGGUAUCUCA